AUGAAUAACCGGCCGGUCGAGCAGGCGUUGGCCACACUAGUCCCGACCCAUGCUGGCGAUCUUCCUCAAGAGCUUCUCGGCUUGGCCUUGAAUCUUGUCGCCCAGUCCCGUGCUUUCUCCGCCAGUCUGAAACCCGAGGAAGAAAUCGCCCGACCUUACGCCUGUGCGGAGAUUGCUUGUAGGAGGUUAAGUCGAGCUCUCAAACUUCCUCCGUUACUGGGCCACGCACCAUGUCCGCCACGCGUUUACAAGAAGCUCUAUACAUACCUGGACAAGUCUCUUUCUGCUAGCUCAGCAGGUAUCAAACGAUCUACGGGUGGCUCGGUCACUGGGACACCCUCGAGGGCUGGCUCUGCGCAGACCACUCCAACCAAGACAGGGAAUACUCCUUCCAAGGCGGCACCGACGCCUCGCGGCCUCCAGAACGCCCCAUCCAAGUCCACACCCUUGAAGCGGAGUGUCAGUGUUGCGAAUAAACUCGGAUCGCCGUCAAAAUCGGCUCUGAAAGCUGCCCCCGCCCAGUCUAAUGGGCUUUCUAACUCAACUGUCAUUCCGGAUGCACCGGCCUGGGUGAUGACAGCCAUUCGAACAGUCUGCAAAACACUUUCUACACCUGCACCACGAACAAACACCUGGUCUCGACCUCCAAUUUCAAGGACAUUGCCUCCUCAUAUCUUCGCUGGUGUUUCAUCCAUUCUCUAUCUCACGGCAAGCAUGUCCAAUGACGAGGAAGGCAUGGACGAGGAAACACUGGAAUUCCUGGAACCAAUUGUGUCUAUCCAAGGCAACGAAGAUGAUUUCAAGGAACUUGUCUACGCGAUGAUCGUCGCCGUAUACUUCAUCGUUUUAGCCCGGCGACGGAACCCAGCAUCCUCGGCGGACGGCGAGGAAACGAACUCGGAAGGGCAGAAAAUGGACAAGAAGACAUUCACAGAAAUGCGCCAAACCGCAUUGACCAGCCUCAGUCUUCCCAAUGACAGGCGGCAUCGCGAUGAUGUUGAUCAGUGGAUUGCCUUGAUCAUGGAACAGAACUGGGCGAACGGGCAGGAAUGGUUUGAGAAUAUCCCUCUUGCCGGCGAGCUGCAUGGCGAGGAUGAUGAGGGCAACUCAUACCGACAUCUUGAUGAGGAGGAUGCAGCGUUCAGGGGCGUCAAGUUGCCCAAGCGCAAUGAUGGCUCCAGUGGGCGUGGACUCCGCGCCGACCCGUCCGGUCAGCCUGCUCAUGGAGGGCUUUUGCCUGGUCUAGGCACUAUGAUGCAAGAUCGGGUGGACUAUCUAAGUGAAGAUCGUCGGGAGGACUUUGUGGAAUGGAAGGCUGGUCUCUUAGCUCGUAUUGAGGGUGAGCAGGCUAGGACUGGGCGAGCUACUGCAUGA